AUGAGGAAUAGAUUUAUGGUGCGGUGGGCUCUACAUUUGGUGGUUUUGUGCAGCACGGUGCUGGUCAAGUCUGUGCUAGCACAGGAUUUCGAUAUUUUCGAUAUCAGUCGAAGAAUUAACGGUAUCUACGCCGCCGAACUCGAGAAGCAACUGUCCUUCUUGACCGUGCAAGAGGGUCCUGUUUCCAAACAAGACGGCGACAAAUGUCCACCGUGUUUCAACUGCAUGCUCCCCAUAUUCGAGUGUAAGCAAUUUUCGACUUGUAACGAAUAUAACGGCAGGUGCGAGUGUAUAGACGGGUUUGCCGGUGACGACUGUUCUGCACCGCUCUGUGGGGCACUUUCAGACGGGAACGAUAAAAGGCCCCUGAGAAACGACACUACCAAUCGAUGUGACUGUGAAGACGGGUGGGGGGGGAUCAACUGUAAUAUCUGUGAGCUGGACUCAGUUUGCGAUGCAUUCAUGCCGGACCCAACCGUCAGCGGUACUUGCUACAAGCAGGGGAUGAUUGUCAAUAAACUGUACCAAGGUUGCGAUGUGGUCAACGAGAAAAUAUUGGAAGUCUUGAAGGGGAAGAUCCCACAGGUGACCUUCUCAUGUGACAAAGCUGGGGGUGAGUGCAACUUCCAGUUCUGGAUAGAACGGGUGGAGAGUUUCUACUGUGGCCUGGAUAACUGUACCUUUGAGUACGACCUGGCAACUAAUACCUCGCAUUACACGUGCGCGGAUGCAAGGUGUCAGUGUAUCCCGGGGACCAUGCUAUGCGGGGCCAAUGGAUCCAUCGAUAUAGGCGAAUUUCUAACAGAGACAGUGAGAGGACCCGGUGACUUCACUUGUGAUCUCGAUAACAGAGAGUGCAAGUUUAAUGAGCCCGCAAUGGACGACCUGAUAUCUACAGUUUUCGGGGACCCCUGCAUCGAGCUGAAGUGUGAGUCCGGGGAAUGUCUGCAUUAUAGUGAGAUUCCAGGUUACAACCCUCCUGAUGCGGGGAAUGGGUACAUGAGCUGGGAGGCGAAAGUUGCAUUGACAUUGACCUCUCUGUCCCUGUUGGGUCUUGUGACAGCAGCCAUUUUUUACAUCUCGAACUCACCAUUUUUCAAAAAUGGAUCACUGUAUUCAACAUCCGGUAGUGAUAACUCCGGUGACGAUGGGGAGAAUUUCUUGAGGGCACAGGUAUUGACUACCUUGUCCUUUGAAAAUAUCAGUUACGAUGUCCCGGGGGCUAAAGAUUCCAAAAUAGAGGAGAAAGUAUUGAAUAGCAUCACAGGUAUGGUUAAACCAGGUCAAAUGCUAGCUAUCAUGGGUGGCUCCGGUGCAGGGAAAACUACGCUACUUGAUAUAUUGGCAAUGAAGCGUAAAACUGGCCGUGUUCAAGGCACGAUUGCAGUAAAUGGUCACAGUAUUUUGAAUAAGCUGUAUUCCAAGAUGAUCGGGUUUGUCGAUCAAGACGAUUUUUUACUCCCCACUUUGACCGUCUAUGAGACCGUCUUAAACAGUGCCCUUCUUCGAUUACCAAGGUCGAUGCCCUUCACUGCGAAACGUAAGCGUGUGAAUCGUGUCUUGGAGGAAUUAAGAAUAAUGGACAUAAAGGAUAGGAUCAUUGGGAACGAUUUCGAGAGAGGUAUUAGUGGAGGUGAAAAGAGACGUGUCUCUAUCGCUUGUGAAUUGGUCACCUCUCCAGCGAUACUGUUCUUGGAUGAGCCGACUUCGGGGUUGGAUGCGAACAACGCAAACAACGUUAUAGAGUGUCUUGUGAGGCUUGCCAAAAAUUAUAACAGAACUCUUGUCCUGUCGAUCCAUCAGCCCAGAUCCAACAUUUUCAAUUUGUUUGAUAAGUUGGUUCUUCUUAGUGACGGGGAGAUGAUUUACUCUGGUGAUGCUAUUCGAGUCAACGAAUUCCUGCUCAACAACGGGUACAAAUGCCCGACCAAUUACAACAUCGCGGAUUACCUGAUAGACAUCACCUUCGAUUCGACAAACAAGUUGAAAGCUAAGAAGCGGAAAGCGGGUGGUGAAGAAGGUCACACACUCUCUAACAUGUUAUCCCCAGAUGGGAACUCUGAUUCUGGUAUCCAGAAUGAGUGGGAGCAUUAUGCGGUUCAUAGGGAUGAGAUCCGCAGUCUAUUGGCGGAUGACGAGUUGGCGAUGGGGGACUCUGAAGAUGCUGCCAACAUGCUACAAGUGCAAAAAUUGCAUGAAAGUUUUAGGGACGGUCCAUAUUUCGGUGAGUUGAUGCAAGAGAUCAAGUUGGUCCAGGAUUCGCAGGGCGACCAUAUGACUUUGAUACCUAAAUCCAGCAAGCCUGCUACUUUCCUACAACAGUUAUCGAUUUUGUGCUCAAGGACUUUCAAGAACAUCUACCGGAACCCGAAACUGUUGAUGGCAAACUAUCUGUUGACCGCUCUUCUAAGUUUGUUCCUCGGGGUGUUGUACUACCAUGUGAGCAAUGAUAUCAGUGGGUUCCAGAACAGGAUGGGGUUAUUUUUCUUUAUCUUGACGUAUUUCGGGUUUGUCACUUUCACUGGGUUGAGUUCUUUCUCUGUAGAGCGGAUAAUUUUUUUGAAGGAGAGGUCCAACAAUUACUAUGGGCCGGCCGCUUACUACUUGUCCAAGAUCAUAUGUGAUAUAUUACCUCUACGGGUGAUCCCACCUGUGUUGAUGGUGAUGAUAGUGUACCCUCUAGUGCAACUAAAUUACACUGCAGGCGCAUUCUACAAGUGCAUUUUGAUUUUGAUUCUGUUCAAUGUGGGUGUAUCAUUGGAGAUUCUGACUAUUGGUAUUGUGUUUGAGGAUCUGAACAACUCGAUCAUCCUUAGUGUCCUUGUGCUUCUUGGUUCGUUGCUGUUCAGCGGCCUGUUCAUCAACACGCACGACAUCACGAACGCUGCGUUCCGAUACUUGAAGAACUUUUCCAUCUUCUACUACAGUUACGAGUCGUUGUUGAUCAACGAGGUGAAGACGCUGAUGUUAAGGGAGAAGAAAUACGGUUUGAAUAUAGAAGUGCCCGGUGCUACGAUCUUGAGCACUUUUGGGUUUCUGACGCAGAACAUGGUGUUUGACAUCCGUGUGCUUGUUGCGUUCAACAUUUUCUUUGCCGUUGUUGGGUACCUCGCGUUGAAGUUCAUUGUCAUCGAGAGGAAGUGA